AUGGAUAUCGUUCAGAGAUCCUUGUACAUCCUUUUUGGAGGCUAUGCAGGGGCUGUGUUUGGCCAUACGGAGUUCCGGACAGGCUCUGAAAUAGCGCAUACUCUGUGCGGGGCUAGAACACGGUUUGCUUUGCAUCAGCAUGGAUCAGCCUUGUGUGCCGUUGGGUCACUACUGCAGGCUGCAGGAGUGGAGGUGACAGUGGUGAAGAUAGACCCCUACUUGAACGAGGAUGCGGGCACUUUAUCGCCAGAAGAUCAUGGUGAAGUUUUUGUGUUGGACGAUGGAACGGAAGUGGAUUUGGAUUUUGGACACUAUGAACGCGCCCUCGGCCUGACCCUCUGCGGAGAUCAUAGCAUCACAUCUGGCAAGUUGUUAGGGCAGGUGCUUCAGAACGAGCGGCAGCACAAGUACCUUGGGCAGACAGUGCGACUUACCAAGCAGGCAGUUGAGCUGGAUGUAGAGUUGAUCACCCGGGCAGCAGAAUGUCCAACCUGUCGUGGGAAAGCUGACGUUUGUCUCAUCGAACUUGGAGGCGCAGUAGGUGAUUGGGACGCUGAAAUCCAUCUGGAAGCUUUGCGUCGCUUGCAGAGGGCAGCUCCAAUGGUUUUCUGCUUGAUGGUACCAUUGGUUGCUUGGGGCGGAGAGCAGAAGACCAAGCUCGCGCAAGACAGUGUGCGACGGCUACGGGCUUGUGGCAUCGCUGUGGACUUCUUGAUAUGCCGCACAGAUGAUCCUGUUGCUGAUAAGACGAAAAGCAAAUUGGCUGAUCUUUGUGAUGUACACCCGGAGGCGGUGUGGGCCUCCAUCACUAUGGCUGACAUUUCGCAGCUGCCAUUGCAUUUCUACAGACAAGGUGUUUUGACAAUGAUUUCGAGUCGGCUUCGGCUCACAGUGAACGAGCCCGACAUGGGCUUCUUCCGGGGUUCCAGUCCAGGCGGCAGGGAAUUGGAGGUGGCUGUCAACGGGAAGUAUGAGCAUCAAGAUGCAUACAUCUCGAUCUUCAGGGCUUUGGAGGAUGCAGCCCGUGCUUGUGAUGCGUCCGUGAGGUUCCGGAAGGGCAAUUGUGACGUAUCUGACAAAGUCCCGGAUGCACUGUGUGUCCCCGGCGGUUUUGGAGCUCGAGGCUUUGAGGAGUUGGUGGAGCUGUGCCGAUUUUCCCGGGUGGAAGGUUUGCCUUUCUUGGGGAUUUGCUGGGGCUUCCAGGCAGCUGUGAUUGCAUUGGCGCGUGACUUCGGCUACCCCUGCGCUUGUUCCCAAGAAGUUGAGGAAGAUGCCAUGCCGCCCCAUGCCAUUGUGGUGAAGCGUCGCGAUGGCAUCUUGCGAAAAGGUGCAUCGAAAGUCCGGCUGCCCGAGGGCCGGAUGCAGGCUCUGUAUGCUGAAAGCAGCAAGAGCGUUGCUGAAAGCAGUGUGGAACGUUACCGGAAUCGCUUCGAGGUCUGGCCAGGGGUCAAAGAACAACUGCAGGAGCAUGGUGUGCUUUUUGGCUUUGGGCCAGACAAUGAGGUGGACGCCUUUGAAUUGCCUACGCACCCGUUCUACAUGGACGCUGUCUCCUAUGUCUCCUAAGCCCAGUCGCAGUCGCUUGAAGGGUCAACUCCAGGAGACACCUACCAGUCAGCUCUGGGCGUCUGCCAGGGAUGG